UAGUGCCACCAUGAUCCUGCGGCAGAUCUUGCGGCUUUCCUCCCUUUUCCACUCCGCCGUGUCCGUUCACCUGCGCAGGAACAUUGGGCUCUCUGCCAUUGCCUUCAACAAGACAAAAGAGCUCGACCCCGUCCAGAAGCUCUUCGUGGACAAGAUCAGAGAGUACAACACCAAGAGCAAGCAAGCUGGAGGGCCUGUUGAUGCAGGACCUGAGUUUCAGAAAGAUAUGAAUGAAUCCCUUGCAAGACUCCAACGGGCCUAUGGUGAAGGAGAUCUCACCAAGUUUCCAGAAUUUAAAUUUGAGGAGCCCAAGUUUGAGGAGACUCCAAAGUGAUCUCUGCAGCUUGUACACCAAACAGCAAUGUACAACCAUGGAGUUACUGGACAUGGCACCAAUUGUAAUUUAAUAAAUGUAGUACUUCAGUUUGAUUUCA